UGACGGGCAACGCAUAAACCCGGACACCGGCUGCGACUGAGCAGGCCAGCUGUUUCAGCUUGCCUUACUUACAUAGAGGCACAAAAGGAGUAUGGUCAAAGAUUAAAAAUGGUGCAAAAAGACACACUAUUGCAUCUCUUCGCAGGGGGAUGUAGUGGCACGGUGGGAGCAAUUAUGACCUGCCCCCUGGAGGUGCUGAAAACCCGGUUGCAGUCCUCGGGUCUUUCGCUUAGGCCAGUCUUCCAGGUCCAGAUGGGCACCCUCAGUGGCGCUGGAGUCAUCCGACCAGGGACGGUCACCCCAGGCCUGCUGCAGGUCUUACGGUCAAUUCUAGAAAAAGAGGGACCAAGAUCUCUUUUCCGUGGCCUGGGGCCCAAUCUAGUUGGUGUUGCUCCUUCACGAGCUAUCUAUUUUGCUGCCUACAAGAAGUCAAAAGAGACAUUCAAUGGCAUCUUUGUUCCUAACAGUGGAGUGGUGCACAUGUCCUCUGCAGGGUUUGCAGCCUUUGUCACAAACUCUCUUAUGAACCCCAUAUGGAUGGUCAAGACCAGGAUGCAGUUGGAAAAAAAAGCACGAGGAGAGAAGAAGAUGAAUGCAAUGCAGUGUGCCCGCUACGUUUACAGAACAGAGGGGAUCCGGGGUUUCUACCGAGGCCUCACCGCGUCCUAUGCCGGGAUCUCGGAAACCAUGAUCUGCUUCCUCAUCUAUGAGACGCUGAAGAAACACCUAACUGAGCGUCGCUUCACAUCACCAAACAGUGACACAGAGAAAGGAGCAUCAGUCUUCCUGGGUCUGAUGAUGGCUGCUGCUGUUUCAAAAGGCUGUGCAUCCUGCAUAGCCUACCCCCACGAGGUAAUUCGGACAAGACUGCGAGAAGAAGGCAGCAAGUACAAGUAUUUCUUCCAGACGGGGAGGUUGGUGGCUGUAGAGGAAGGCUACGCUGCUUUUUACAGAGGACUCAUUCCACAGCUCAUCAGACAGAUACCCAACACAGCCAUUGUGCUCUCCACCUAUGAACUCAUCAUCCACUUGCUGGGGGAGUCUUCUAAAUAAAGACAUGGUGGGAAAUGAAUGGGGCCACCAAAGAUACAGGAUACCACUGGUACAUUUGGGGAAAAAAGACAAUUGCAGCUCAUUUUUUUUGACAGGCUGCUAGAGAAUAAUUUAUCUUGAGGAAUUUGAAGCAGGUUAUCCUAAGACCUGAAACCGAUUUGAAUUUUGCUGGAAGCAUGUUAUUUGAAAAUGUUGAUAAUGCGUUACCGCAGGAAAACUCCAUAUCUCCAGGACUUUGUUUUUGCUAUCCCACAAGAAUAAAGGUCAUCUGCAUAGAGUACUGUUAAGUUAACUAAAUUAUUAUAAGUAUUAUUUUUAUUGUUACAGUCAUUGUCUGUUCUUACUCUUUAUCAAUGGUUAAUGUAACAAAGAUCCAUCACUUGGCAGGUUCUUUCCUUUUUUACAUGAAGGGAAAAGAUUAGGUAUGUACAGAAUUUUCCUUUCAAGCUUACCAUUAUGAUAGUUCAGCUUAUUCAUUAGCUCAUGGUGAUGAUUCUAAAGUUUUACUUUAGUUAUUUUUCAUAUUUUCCAUGAACUAUACAGGUUUAUCUGUAUAUAUUUAGUUUGUUUGAGAAUAGGCACAUGUUUCAAUAUAAUGACAAGAAGAAUGCUUAUUUGACCAGUGGCUAAAUAAAACUGCACAGUGAACAGUUAUUUUAUUAA